UUUAGGGUCUUGCUAAUCUGUUCAUGGAGGACUCAAUGCCCUUUCUAGAGAAAGAAUUGGAGCCAUGUUUGAAAAGCAAGAGGGCAGACAAGAGGAGAGUGUGGUUUGCGACGGUUGAAGCCACUUAUUUCCUGCUGCAAGAGCAUCUAUUUGAAAGGAUGAAAACACUGAAGCAGGAGUGCCAAGAGAGGGUGAAACGACAGGAUGUGCUCAUGCGCUCUGAUAUGGACCAGAUCACCAGCUCAACAGCUUUCCUGGAGGGUAAACUCAGAGCCAUGGUAACUGAGCCAGCAACGAAAUACUGCACAGAGCAGGUGCAGCCGUACCUGCCAGCCAUCUUGGAGGAA